GAAAAACCGCCAUUGUUGUUCUCUUUACUACUUUGGGAAAUUAGGGUUUACGAUUUCUGGUUGGUAGAUAAACUUGUUCUUCAAAAAGUUUCCUUUUUUAAAAUCUCUUAGAUUCUUAAAGAAUUGUAAUUUAGGGUUUUAAAUGCAUGGAUGGGAGAGAAGCAAUGGCAUUUCCAGGCUCGCAUUCUCAGUUCUAUCUUCAGAGAGGAGUUUUUACCAAUCUUACACCUUCCCAGGUCGCGAGUGGCCUUCACGCGCCGCCGCCACCUCCGGGAAUGAGGCCAAUGUCAAACCCUAACAUUCAUCAUCCUCAGGCUAGCAAUCCAGGACCUCCUUUCUCCAUAGCUGAGCACAGGCAUUCGGAUUUUGGACACAGCAUUCACAUGGGGAUGGCUUCCUCUGCUUCUCCUGCUGCGGUGCAGCCGACUCUGCAGCUGCCGCCGCCACUGUCGGAGCAACCUAUGGUUAAGAAGAAACGUGGACGGCCGAGAAAGUAUGCUCCUGAUGGACAAGUCUCUUUAGGGCUUUCUCCAAUGCCUUGUGUUAGUAAAAAGUCUAAGGACUCUUCUUCAAUGUCUGAUCCUAAUGCACCUAAACGAGCCAGAGGUCGACCUCCUGGAACCGGAAGGAAGCAACGCUUGGCUAAUCUUGGUGAGUGGAUGAAUACAUCAGCUGGACUUGCUUUUGCACCUCAUGUGAUCAGUGUUGGAUCAGGAGAAGACAUUGUUUCGAAAGUUUUGUCAUUUUCACAAAAAAGACCUCGGGCUCUUUGUAUAAUGUCAGGCACUGGAACGGUUUCUUCGGUCACUCUGCGUGAACCCGCUUCAACAACGCCUUCCUUAACAUUCGAGGGACGUUUUGAGAUUCUAAGUUUAGGUGGAUCUUAUCUGGUGAAUGAAGAAGGUGGAUCCAAAAGUCGAACAGGCGGUUUGAGUGUCUCUCUUUCUGGUCCUGAAGGUCAUGUUAUCGGCGGUGGAAUUGGAAUGCUCAUCGCAGCCAGCCUCGUUCAGGUGGUGGCUUGUAGUUUCGUGUACGGAGCAAGUGCAAAGUCUAAUAAUAACAAUAACAAGACCAGCAAACAAGAAAUAAAACCUAAAGAAGAGCAGAACAAUAGCGAAAUGGAGACCACACCGGGUACUGCACCAGAAGCUGCAGCAUCGACGGGUCAGCAGACGCCACCGAACUUCCCAGCUCAGGGAAUGAGCGGAUGGCCCGGUUCAGGCUCAGGCUCAGGGAGAUCACUUGACUCUAGCAGGAACCCACUCACUGAUAUUGACUUGACUCGCGGAUUUAUUUCUGGGAAUGUUAAACCAGACAUUUCAGGAUUGAGACCAGACCUCUCAGUUCUUUAUAACAUUCUCGAUGUAACAGAACCACCCCACUUUCAGGCUACUUAAGGAGAUUUUAACUCUUGAUAUGACUCAUUAAGGUUUCCUUUCGUUUCUUCAGUAGCUGUGUUCACUUUGGUAGCUGUGUUUUUUAGAGAUGAAGUAACCUAUCCAAGUUUGGUAAUUGAUCGGUGGGAUAUGACUGGGUUUAAAUAGCUUGGAUCAGUUUGGUUUGUCCGAAUUAAACACCACUAGUCUUU